AGGAGGACGCUAUCCAAACACCCCCAGAGCGCCCCUCCGCCCCGCCUGAAUCCGUUCCGCCGCCGCUGCCGACGCAAGCCGAGGAAGCGAGGGAGGCCAUGACGACCAUUCGCCGGUUCUGCUGCGACGACCUGCUCCGCUUCGCCUCCGUCAACCUCGACCACCUAACCGAGACCUUCAACAUGUCCUUCUACAUGACGUACAUGGCUCGCUGGCCCGACUACUUCCACACCGCCGUCAACCCCGGCGACCGCGUCAUGGGAUACAUUAUGGGUAAGGUUGAAGGACAAGGUGAAUCUUGGCAUGGACAUGUUACGGCAGUGUCUGUUGCCUCAGAAUUUCGAAGACAGAAGUUAGCCAAGACCCUUAUGCAUUUGCUGGAGGAAAUCAGUGAUAAGAUGGAUAAGGCCUAUUUUGUGGAUCUCUUUGUAAGGGCAUCCAACAUGCCGGCGAUAAGGAUGUAUGAAAAGUUGGGCUAUGUGGUUUAUCGAAGGGUGCUUCGGUACUACUCAGGGGAAGAAGAUGGCCUUGAUAUGAGAAAGGCGCUAUCACAAGAUGUUGACAAGAAGUCCAUCAUACCACUCAAGAGACCAAUAACACCGGACGAACUUGAAUACGACUGACAUGCUAAAUUCUAACCAUCACUCUUGAUGGUUGUGUCCUCGUUGAUCUGCACGACUUAUAUGGCAGCUCGACAAGCUAUUGUCUCUAGUCUUGUUGAAUGAGUGAUCGUGAAUUUUCUAUUUGCACAUUCCUGUUAAGAUUUGAGGCACUUCAAGGUGGGCACUGAUGAUCAAACUAGUGCAUGCUGAAGUGGAACGCCAAUGUUUUUUGGCUUGCUGUUUUU